ACCACGUCGUACAACACACAGUAGUACCAAUCAAAAUUCCAAACCACCCAAAAUGCCAUUGCAUAUGUAACCAUCCCAAGGCAAAGAGCCCACGAAUGCUUACUGAUCCAUGGCUUCCUCAAAGCUCAAAUUAUCCAUCCAAACCCCAAUUUUAAUCCCAACCUUAUUUCUCUUUCUAUCUCUACAAACCCAUCACACAGAGGCCGAUGGAGGCCAUGAUGCAGCCGGCGAUAGCUCUUCUUCUUCUUCUCUGCACUCAGAAGGCUUGAUAACAGUAAAGAUAUGGUGCCUUAUUAUCAUGUUGAUGAGCACAUUUUUAGGUGGGGUUUCGCCCUACUUUUAUCGAUGGAAUGAGAGUUUCUUGCUUUUAGGGACACAAUUUGCAGGUGGGGUUUUCUUGGGCACCUCUCUCAUGCAUUUUCUGAGUGACUCACAAUCACAAUUUGGGGAUUUGACCUCAAAGUCUUACCCAUUCUCUUUCAUGCUGGCAUCUGCUGGCUACCUUCUCACCAUGUUGGGGGACUGUGUUGUGCUGUGGUUCACUGGGGGAAAUCGUGGGGAGGUUAAGGAUGAGGAGGUUGGUAGCGUAGAGAGCGAAAGAGGGGCACAGUUUGUGAGUGCUUUUGUGAAGACGACCUACGUGGGGGACACCGUGCUGCUCAUCCUGGCCUUGUGCUUUCACUCUGUGUUUGAAGGGAUUGCCGUUGGCAUUGCAGACACCAAGGCAGAUGCUUGGAGAAAUCUAUGGGUCAUAAGUUUGCACAAGAUAUUUGCAGCCAUAUCCAUGGGAAUUGCACUACUACGGAUGUUACCAAACAGACCACUGUUAACUACCGUUGCUUACUCGUUCUCAUUUGCAAUCUCAAGCCCUAUCGGAGUCGGAAUCGGCAUCACCAUCAACACCACAACAGAGGGAAGAGCUGCUGAUUGGAUCUAUGCCAUAUCCAUGGGCCUGGCUUGCGGGGUAUUUAUUUAUGUUGCCAUCAAUCACCUCAUAGCCAAAGGAUUUAAGCCCACAAAUCCAUCUUACUUUGACACUUCUUAUUGGAAGUUCUUAGCAGUUCUUAUUGGAGUGCUGUUGAUAGCCAUUGUCAUGAUUUGGGACUCGUAAAUAAUAUUUGACUUAUUUUUCCCUAGAAAUUG